AUGGUUAAUGGCAUUCGACUUCCUCCUUCGAAAAUUCCGAUCAACAGUGUUGCGUAUACUUUAAGACUAGAGGAUUUUAUUGGAUUCACGAGCGCGGUAAACGCGAAUAGCUACAAUGCACACUAUUCCGACCGGCCAAUGUUCCAGAAGUUUCAUAUUUCAAUGAGAUGGAUUGGAAACAGUAGAUCUAGGGAAGGUUUUAUUGAUAAAAGAGGAUAUGUAGGAAACACUGACAAACCAGGAGAGAAUGAAGGAUGUCCCCGUGCCUUUAUGAACAAAUCGAAUAUACGCGAAGCCUCCGCUACGACAAAGAACCGGACUAUGACAUCAACCCAAGACACACAGAUGCCACAAACAAUACAAAUUCCAGACACAACGAACAUCAACCCAAGACACGCAAAUGCCAUAAACAAUGCAAAUCCCAGACACAACCUACAGGGAUUUGAAGAGACAGGUACAACUUCUGUGGGAGGAAGGUCUCGCCGAAUAUAG